AAAAUGUGACUUAAAAAAAAAAAAAAAAAGGUAAAUCUUUUGUAGCGGGAGGAGUUCGUUGCUGCGUCGAAGGAGAGGAGACUUGUUGAGCUCGAUCGAAGAACAUACUCGCAUAAUCUUCUGCGUGCCAAAAUGUUCGACGAUCAAGACUUAGGCUUCUUUGCCAAUUUUCUUGGUAUAUUUGUAUUUGUACUGGUAAUUGCUUACCAUUUUGUGAUGGCUGACCCUAAAUAUGAAGGCAACUAAAGUGUUUCCCCAAGGUUCUUACUGCAGAAGAGAGAUGUACUGUCAGUUUCAUUCAAAUAAUAUUCCCCUAAUCGGAAUCAUUUUGAUGUAGUUGAAGCCUCUGUCUCGCAAUUAUGUAUUUUAGUGGACUAUACAUUGAUACUUGAUACUUGCUUGCUCUGAAUUAUGUGUUUUUUUGACAUAUACACAGCCUUGAAUGUUCAGCCGAAGUAGUGCCUUGGUGUAUUGAGGUUGGCACUAGAGGUUAUCCAAAGUUUAUUAAAAUGUAUGAUUAAGAAAAUUGUCAAA